GAAUUUAAACCAUAGUUGAAAGUUUAAUAAGCCCAUGAAACAUCGCCGUCUGAUCUGUGGAGUAGUAUAUAAAGGAGAAGAAAACCUAAUGAGAAAACCAAAAAGCGAUCAACUUUAGAAAAACUAAUGGGUCACAAGGGUGCGAAGGAUAAGAAUCUGAAGGCGAAGAAGAAAACUAAAAAGCUAGGAACGGUAGAAAACCUAAUGGAUCGCGACGGUGCGACUAAGAAUAAGGAUCUGAAGGCGGAUGAAACCGAAAAGCCAAUAGUGUUGUCUUUGCCCGAAGCUGCGGCAAAGAUGGAUCCUUCACAUCUUGCUGUCUUCCUCGACGUUCCGAGUGUGACGGACAUGGAUGUAUUGAGAUUUUACUUUUACUUUGAGAAAGAAUUUGCCCAAGUAUCAUGGAAAUGGGUAAAGAUGUUCAACGAGUCUCCUUUGUCCACUCUCAUCGAUGUUCCUUUAUCUCAUAUUCCGGAGCCUCUCUACGAAUUAUCAGUCGAUUGGAUCAAACCACGUGAAGUUGAGUAUAUCUCGCAUAUCGUAUUGUGGAUUUGUGAUCGUAUUCUGUACAAUUUGGUGGCUGAAGGUGGUGACAAUGCUCCACCAUCUGUUUGGCCAAAAUCGCAGGCCGCACAUUUUGUUGUAUUGGCUAUGGUAUUGCGUGCUAGACCUGAUUCUUUGAUUGAGGUUUUGCCCUCACUGAGGGAUAAACAUACGUACCAAGGACCCGACAAGCUUCCCCUUAUAGUUUGGAUGAUGGCUCAGGCCUCUCGAGGUGAUUUGUCUGAACUGUUAAAUAUGUGGAUGGACAGGCCUCUCGAGGUGAUUUGUCUGAACUGUUAA